UCUUAUAUUUUUAUUUAAGUUUUCUUUUGCUUUAGAAUGAGAUCUUCAUAAAUCGCUUUAAGCCCGAGCAUGAUAAUUUAAUUCUCCCCAUAUCAUCUGCUGACUACUUGAUCUUGUUUGGGUUCUAGGUGCCCAAAAGUUUAAUGGGCUAUUUGAAGGUGUGGUUUAGUUAACGUGAAAACGACAUUUUAAAAACGAAAAAUUUUUCGAAAAAGGAAAAGUGAUGCAGUUAUAGUUUUUAUACUGAUUUCUUCAAUGUUCACCUACAUGUUUAAAGUUGAAUAAAUGGAAAUAUAUUGCAAUUCAACUUUUGUUGGCUAAAUUCAAAGGAAAUUUGUAUGAAAGUUGCCUUUUCUUGCCAAUACAAAAGUUCGAGUUAUGGAGAUCUUCGAGUUAUAGAGGUUCGAGUUAUGGAAGUUCCACUGUAAUUAAUUCUGAAUUUAACUGUAAUUAUUAUGAAAAUUAAUAAGUAAGAUAAAAUCAAUUAUAAAUUCAUUAACUGUUUUCAUGCUCAUUUACAUCCUUCGUAUAAUUGUAAUAAUCGAAAUUGAAAUUUUCCGUUUCGUCUGAUUUGAGCUCAGCUCUACCUAUAAAUACACGCCUUUUUCACUUCCCGAAUUUUAAAUUCAUUCAGUAGACUUCCAAUCAGACACCGAAAUCAUGGUUAAGAUUAAUCGAACAUAUUUAUGGCUUCUAAUAAUACCAGUGAUUUUGAAGAAUAGUCAUGGUGCUUUCUUCAAAAUGUCCAAACUGGAAUGUCGCGAUGUGAAUGAGGACUUGGUGCGCGUGAGUGCUUGUCGUUUGAAGGCGGUCAAACGCGAUAUUACCGAGGCCACCAUACAUUUUCAAUUGAAAAAACCGUGUAUACUUGCAAUUUUUUCAUAUUUCAAGCUGCACGUUGAGCUGUUGCGUAAAUACAACACCUACCAACCAUUCUUCAUCAAUCGCACCUUUGACGCCUGCGAGUUUCUGAAAACCCGUAAAAAUGCCGUCUACUUGGACAUACUCUUCAAAUUGAUACAGAAGUAUACGAAUGCGAAUCACACAUGUCCGUAUGAGGACGCAUUAAUCAUCGAUCGUUUUAGGCCGUUGCAUAAUAAUUUAAUUCUACCGAUUCCCACCGGUGACUACCUGAUUAAGUUUGGCUUUCAUAACAUGAAUACUUUGAUGGUACAUUUAUAUGUAUGGUUUGGCUUCAAAGAACUGGAAACAUGGGAAGUUGGCAGCGAAGCUGGGUCCCCCAAAAAUCCAAAACACAAUGUUAAUGCUUAAAUGCUUUGAGAAAUAAAAAUAUAUA